ACCAAGUGGGGUGGAUGAAUAUUGAGGUUUCUAUUUGAUUUUGUUGAAAAUUUUGGUUGAGUUUUGGGUUCUGGGGUUGUCAUUUUACAUCACCAAGUUGUGAUUUUUUUAACAUUUUGGGAGAAGCCAAGAGUUUAGUAAUUCAUGUCUACUUGUAUUUUGAGCAAUUGGGCUGUGCUUUUACUCCUUAAUGCAGCUUAAAUGCAUAGGGUCUUCAUGAAUUGCAAAUGAGUGUUGGGAUCUUGAACUGCAUAUUUGAGUUGUGGAGUUUUUUGUAAUGUUACCAAGUUGUGAACUUUUCCUGUUAAAGGCACAAGUUUGAGCUGAGUGGUGAGGUUUUUGAGUAGAAGAAGCUGUAAAUCUUUUAGGAAUUUGAAUAUGAUCAUUGGAGGUAAUGCCGAGGAUAAAAGGGAGAAAGAGAGUACUGUUGAUAAUACUAGGGAAGAAAGAGCUGGUACAGACGAUUUUGGGCGAGCAAUAUCGAGGACCGCAGUGGCACAGAUAUGUGAAAGUAUUGGAUUUGAGAUCUUCAAUGAAUCUGCUCUUGAAUCACUUGCAGACAUUGCAAUUAAGUAUAUACUUGACCUAGGGAAGACUGCUAGUAGUAGUGCUAAUUUAGCUGGAAGAACACAGUGCAAUGUGUUUGAUAUUAUUCAUGGAUUAGAGGAUAUGUGUGCCUCCACUGGUUUUCUGCGAGCAUCGGAAGUGAACCGCUGUGGGUUAAGUUCUGGUAUUGUUAGCGAGAUGGUUGAGUAUGUGGACUCUGCUGAAGAGAUACCAUUUUCUCAACCUCUUCCACAUUUUCCUGUGGUAAAACAUCCCAAUUUGAUACCCAGUUUUUUACAAAUUGGUGAAACACCGCCAUUUAAGCACAUACCUCCAUGGUUGCCUGCAUUUCCUGAUCCGCAUACUUAUGUACGGACCCCCACAUGGAAUGAGAGGGCAUCGGAUCCUCGAGCUGAUAAAAUUGAAUUAGCAAGACAGCGAAGGAAGGCAGAAAGAUCUUUAUUAAAUUUACAACAGCGAUUGGUAUGCAAUGGUUCAGCAGUGGCAUCAACUUCUAGGCAGCCAGAUGAUGUUGGUAUCACUUCAAGUGCUAGUAAAAGUGAAAACCCAUUUCUUGCAAAACCUUUUCAAGCUGGUGAGAAAGAUGUGGACCCAGUGGCUCUUCCAACUAAACUUUCUAGUGAGGUAGAUGAUAAAAAUCAUGUUUCUUUGCUGGAGACGUUCUCCCCAGCAAUUCAGGCAAUGAAGGAUGGGCUUUCUGAAACAGUAAAUGGUACAGAGAAAACACUUCCGGACAAGAGGCCUGCUGUCUGUUUAGAGUUUAGACCUGGAAAGAAGGCCUUAGGUGAUUCUUUGGAUCUAAGGCUUUGGAAAAAGGGUUCUGCGAGAAACGCUUCCUUGUUCCGGCGGGAUGAAGAUAGAGAUGACAAGAAGAGGAGAGCUGAGUUAAUACUGAGACAAUCUAGGGAAAAUCAGCAGGAGUUAACCCAGUUGUAAAUUAGUUGGUUAGCUUCAUGGGGUAGUUCUGUACCCUUUUCAAAACAGCAGCAAUUGAUUAGGUUUAGAUAAAAGUCAAGUCAUACUGUAAUUCUUCUGUGGAUGUCACAGAGUCUGUUUGGAUGUCGAGAUGUAGUAACGUAGAGCAUUUUUUUGAGGUUAGUCAUUGUUCAAUCUCCAAUGAAUCUAUUUCAGUGAGAAUCUUUUUCCUUU